AUGGGGCGAAAAACAAAAAAAUAUAAAGAGGACAAAAUCUCGACAACCGCUGACAUCAGAAAUCUCCUGAGAAGGCAGCAAGGAGCAAUGAAGCCUCUCUCCGACAGGCUGUCUUACUCAUCCAGCGAAACAUCCCUCCCAGACAUGGAGGAGCUGGCCCCCAUCACCAGAAGACCGAGAGCUGACUUACCUGUAAAGCGCUCCAAGGGGUCACCGGUGACAGAAGGAAGAUUGAAGGACCUCCUUGACGUCCUCCACAGCAAUCUAGCUGCUGAUAUUAAAUCCUUCAAGGAGGAGAUUAGCGGAGUGUUGAGGCGCCUCUAUGACGCUACGCUACGCUGA